UAUGCACAAAAGUCUUAUUUAAAAGCCAGCCCCUUACUCAAAUGGCCUCAUGUUCAUGCAUAGCUCCACAGCUGUCUAUUUAAUUUUUUCUUGUUCUCUUUUUUGGGUGAAUCUAUUACUACUAUGGAAGGGAUGAAGUUGGAUGAUUUGCCAGAAGAUUGCAUCACUCGCAUCCUAUCCCGGACAUCGCCCCAGGAUGCUUGUAAUUCGUCGCUCGUCUCCACCGUUGUCAACUCUGCCGCCUCAUCAGACCUUUUGUGGGAAGGUUUUCUUCCGUCGGAUUACCGGGAAAUUCUCUCAAGGUUGGUUUCUCCGGUGGUGUUUAGGUCCAAGAAAGAGCUGUUUCACAGGCUAUGCAGCCAGCUUCUGAUUGAAGGGGGUAAAAAGGCAUUCUGGUUGGAAAGAAUAAGGAGCAAGAAAUGUUACAUGUUAAGUGCGAGGGAGCUAUCAAUAACAUGGUCCACUAAUUCUCUCUACUGGUGCUGGAAACCCUCCCUCCAAUCAAGAUUUGGUGAAGUUGUGGAGCUAAUAACCAUCUCUUGGCUACAAAUCCAUGGAAAGAUGAACACUCAGAUGCUGUCACCAAACACAUUAUACAAAGCUUAUCUCAUUGUUGAUUUUGCUGGCCGUGCAUAUGGGUUAGACUCUCUCCCAUCAGAAGUUUCAAUCGAAGUUGGUAGCUACCAAUCGCGAGGAUCCAUUUAUCUUCGUCGCCAAGAAAGGAGGAGAGAAUCAUUGGAGCGCGUUUGGAUUCUUAACAGGAAUGAAGCAUUGAGAUCGAGAGUUGUCAAGGGAGAGGAACACGUUCCUCAGGAGCGAGGCGAUGGAUGGUUGGAGAUUGAAUUGGGUGAGUUUUACAGUGAUGGAAGUGAUAAAGAGGUUAAAAUGAGUCUCAAGGAAGUGAAGGGUGAGCACUUGAAAGGAGGGCUCAUUGUUGAGGGAAUUGAGCUUAGACCCAAGUUGUGAAUAAUUGUACCAUCAAUGUCUUAAGCCUGAGCCCUUAGUUACCAAUGUUAUGAAUCUCUUCAAAUUUCAUAUAUAUUUUUAUUUUUAUUUAAAGAUUGUAGUUUGGGGAGGAGAAGUUUUGUUUGUGGCAAGACUUGAAUCCUUAUCUCCCAAUGAGAUACAAACAUCAAUUGAAAGAAUCCCAAUUAAUUAGUAUUA